AUGGUUGUUAAACCAGGCGAUGGGGAUUCUCCCCCACCAAUCAAGCGUUCCUUUGGGCAGGAUUUCUUCUCAAAAAUCGGGAAUAAGAUCAAAGACCUUUUCAUGAAGAGAAUGCCAGGGUUUAUGGAUGUAAUCUCCGAUUAUUUGGUGAAAAGACUCUUUAGAUUUGCCGAGAAGCUUACGCAGCGCUCUGUCCCUUCCUCGAAACCGCAAGAGAUCAUUGAGAAUCCUCAAACCGAGGACGACUUCAAGAAAAACGUGGAUUUCUUGGUCAGACAGAGCAAUCUUGGUGAUCAUACCAGUCAACUCAACGAGUCGUAUCUCCGUGAAGUAGCGAAGAAAGCCGCUCAACUCAAGAAUGACCCGAAAAACCAUCUAAACAACCCGGAUCAGAUCACCACGCUCACCCAGCUAGCCCUCUAUCACCCGGUUCUCUAUUGUGAUGAUAGUCUUUCAAUGAGCACGACUAUAAAAGGCUCUGACAAAAAGAGGCUAGAGGCACUGCAGGAGUUGGUCAAGCGAAUCAUCAGCGUGGCGACCAGAGCGGUGCCAGACAACCCCAAAGAGCCCGGCGAAAAGCUUGAAGGUGCCUCCUUGCGAUUCAUAAACUCGGACGCUGAACACACCAUUCGCAAGCUGGAAGAUCUAAGUCAAGUGAACUACAAGGCUGACGAUUAUACUCCCUUGGGCACUCAACUUGACAAGAGGAUCCUGAAACCAUUCAUAUAUGACUUUCUCGAUACCGGAAAGGUGCUGCCACGACCACUGCUCAUUUUCACAAUCACCGAUGGUGAGCCAUCAACAGAAGCUCACGAUACAUUCCGGGAAAAGAUUGUUGAAUGUAUGCAGUUUCUUACUAAACACGAAUACCCCAGGGAGCUUGUGAACUUCAAUAUUAGUCAGGUUGGCAAUGAUAGCAACGCAGGGAAGUUUCUGGAGAGCCUGAAGAAUGACAAUGAAAUCCAGGAUAUUCUUCAUUGUACUGCAGAACACUUGGACGAACGAUUCGAAGAAUUGAGGGCAAACGAGAGGGAUCUGGAGAGAUGGGUGCUCGAAAUGCUAUCGAGACAGAUUCGAAUCAAGAAACCAGAAUCCACAUAG